UACAAUCUACGCGCGUCCCGCCCCUCGUGAGCCGUGACCAACCCAGCGACGAACUCCAAACCCCGCUCCAAACCCCGCAUCCGCCUCGCCUCGCCUCGCCCCUUGGCCUCCCACCGCCGCCCCACCGUGAUGCCCAAGCCGCCGCCGGUCGUCGAGCUCCCGACACGCAAGACCGUCCCGCUCAUCGACAUCGACGGCGACGACGACGACGGAGGUCGCAGCGGCCGUCAUGGCGGAGGCCCUGCUACGGGGGGCCGUUCCGGCGGCCCGGAACGCGGUGAAGGCGGAAGCCGCGCUAAGGGGGGCCGUUCAGGCCGCUCUGAACGCGGUGAAGGCGGAGGACGCGCUAAGCGAGGCCGUCCCGGCAGUCGCGAACGCGGUCGGGAGGGUCCGUCGGUCGGUGGUCGCGUGGCGGCGGGAUCGCCGCCACCGCGACGAAACCCCGCCACGGCGUCUUCUCCGUACGUCGUCCGCUCCGGCGCCGCGAAUCCGCCGUCCAUCAACCUCGACAGCGACAGCGACAGCGACAGCGACAGCGACAGCGACGACGACAUGCGCGGCCGGCGCUCGAACAAGGUAGCCGCACGCCAUCAUGGCCGGGGGGAGGAUUCACGCGCGAGAGGUCGCAAGAGGGCGGCGGCCUCCUCGCCCGGUGGCUUCAGGAAGGCGAAGAAGCAGAGACGAGGGUCGUCGAGCGGAACCAAGGCGCACGGGGCGGGGGGUCGCGCUCUCGCGGUGAGGCCUGUCGACGAACCGCGAACCUCCCACAAGUCGAGGAAGCACAAGAGACUCGAGGCCGUCCGUCGUCCUCGGUCUCAUCAUUCCAACGACGAUGGACGGCUCGGGAGAUCCGGCCACGGGGGCGGCGACAGGGGCCGGCGUGAUGCUGCGCCGGCGAGGCAGGUCGGCGCAGUUGUUGCGUCAAGCCCUCGUUCGCGGAGCGGCGACCGAGGUAAAGUGGCUGCGAAGUAUAGCGUGGACGAAGGUGAUGAUGAAGAGAUGGAAGACACCAGCUCAGAUGACGAUGGGAGAUUCGGCCAUAGGGGCCGGCAUGGCGCUGCGCCGGCGAGGCAGGCCGGCAAGGUUGUUGCAUCUCGUAAUCGUUCACGCGACGGCCACCGAAGAAGUAGAACUGUGGUAACUGAUGACAGCGGGGAUGACGAUGGAGAUGAAGAGACUGGCAGUUCAGAUGACAAUGAUGAGGAAUCCCGAGAUGAGGAGGAGGAGGAGGUGGAGGAUGUGAUGAAGGGGGCGAACACGGAUGACGGCAGUGGCGAUAGUGAGGAAGAGGAAGAGGAAGAGGAAGAGGAGGAGGAUGAGGAUGAGGAGGAUGUGAUGAGAGGGACGAACAAGGAUGAUGAAAGUGACGAUAGGGAGGAGGAGGAGGAGGAGGAUGAUAGCGAGGAGGAGGAGGAGGAUGUAAUGAAGAGGAAGAGCAAGGAGAAUGUGGAUGUGAUGAAGGGGAAGAGCAAGGGGGGUGAUGAUUUGAUGAAGAGGAAGGAGGAUGUGGAUAUGAUGAAGGGGAAGAACAAGGAGGAUGACAAUGGUAAUAGCAACGGCAGAUGCAAAUCCGUAGAGGAGGAGGUCGGUGGGGAGGACGACGGAAACAGCACUCACGACGACAGUUCUGAUGCCAAUGCUGACGAAGAGGAGUCUGAAGACACAACAGAGACAGAGGAGGAGGAGGAGGAGGCGGCGGAGGAAGAGGAAGAAGAAUCUGACGAGGCAGAGCAGGACCGGCGUGUCGCGCCUAGACGCAACGCCGAGGCAGGGCAGAACCAGCGUGUCGCGCCUAGCAGCAACGGCGAGGCCGGUGUGAGGGCCAGACCAGCCGUCGAGGGCUUGCCAAGAAUCAGAAAGAGGAGAUUCGAGGGGUUGUGGAUCGUCGAGGAGCCCGACACCACCCGCCCCCCUCCCGGCCGGGGUCUCAUCAGUGAGCGGACACGGUCGCACCUGAGCUGCUCCAACAAGAAACUGCUGAAACGUGGUACUGUAAGCAGGCCGGUCCUGCUCGACACAUCGUCCUCCGGCUCCGACCCAGAGGAAGCCGUGCCACCGCCUCAGCCAACCAGCUGGGCGGCCGAGGACGACAGCUCCGGCGAAGACAGAAGGCCGGCGAAGAAGAAGAAGAGACGGUGCCGGGCCCAAGGCGCGCGCUCAGAGGAGGAAGGCAGCGACGACCCCGACGCUGAACCUGAUGACGACAGAACCAUCCCAAGGAACGCCGGGAAGGGGCCGAGCUCAAGCCGGCCGAAGACCGGAGCGUCAAACCGGCAGCAGUCUGCUGCCAAGGAACGUGGCAAAACCCACGCUGGCUCUUCUACCAACCCACGACGCGCCAAGAAUCACGCUGCAAGCACAGCAGAUGGCCGCGGUCUGCAGGAUGACAUUUUCUUCAAGAAAAGCUCCCUGUCUCAUCGCAAGGGGAAGCAUCCGGAGGAGGAAGACAUCCCUUGCAAUGAUCUGCUCUCCUCCUUAAUCGACGGGAUACCGAGCUACCGGAACGGCUCUGCUCCUGCCGAUGCACCGCAGGGCGGCGGCGACACGAUGCCUCUGGUGUUCAAGUUCGGGGAGGAAGCUGAAGUGAAAUCAGAGCACGACGAGCUUGAGGAUCAACAGUGGGAAGACAUGGAUCUUGCCUUUCAAGCCACCAAUGCCAACGCUCACAGCUCCGAGGAGGUUGAAGAGAGCCAGGGGCAAGAUAUUCCAUCAGACCAAAAAACUUUAUGCAGUCAAGGGAAGCAUCAUUUAGUUACCGAUGACCAAAUUGGAACUUGGUGCGAGCACUGCAGCUUUGUUCUUGAAAUUAAAUAUGUAAUGGCCCCUAUGGGGAAUUGUUCAGCGGAAAGGGAACCAACGGCUCGCGAGCUGAACAUGGAUAAUAUCAUUUUUAAUGGCGUCCUAACAACAAUGGGGUAUGAAGGAGAGUUCAUCACUGGCAGUCAUAAAAGUGGGCCUGUAUGGAAUCUCAUUCCUGGUGUCCGAGAAGACAUGUUCCCACACCAGCAGGAAGCCUUUGAAUUCAUGUGGAAGAAACUGGCCGGAGGUAUUGACAUUGAAGAGGUGAAGAAGAUUGUGAAAACUGAUACUCUAAGUGGCUGUGUGAUCUCUCACGCCCCAGGGACGGGGAAAACCAGAUUAGCAAUCACAUUUGUUCAAUCUUACCUCGAGCUUUUCCCGCAGUGUUUUCCGGUGAUCAUUGCCCCCAAGGGGAUGCUUGACACAUGGGAAACCGAGUUCAGAAAAUGGAAUGUGAAGAUACCUUUCCACAUACUGAAUUCCAGAGAUAUCCACUGGCAUGGAGAUAAAACCGUCGAAAAACUGGCCUCGAAUGAUAAGGAAUUGGCCCGGAGGCUGUCCACAAGCAGCAUUAACAAGAAUUACAUGCGCGCUCUGAAAUUGCGAUCAUGGGCUGAGGGGAGUAGCAUCGUUGGACUCAGCUACUACCUGUUCCAGAAGCUCACCAAAGGAGAAGGCAAUGAUGAUGACAAGCUGAGGCAGAUGCUUCUUCAAAGGCCUGACUUGCUGAUCCUUGAUGAAGGACACACGCCAAGGAACAAGGAGAGCAAUAUUUUUAAGGCUCUUGCCGAAGUUCGUACGAAAAAGAGAAUCAUUCUGUCCGGGACUCCGUUCCAGAACAAUUUUGAAGAGCUUCGGAGCAUCUUUAGCCUCUUACUUCCGGCCAAUUUUGAAGCCAUGGAUUUCUUUCCUUCUUCGAAACUACACAACGUGACAGAUGUGAUGGUUGAUGAGAUCAGGAAGAAAUUGGACCCUUUUGUGCACAUCCAUAAUGGCGACAUUCUUCAUAAAUCCCUUGAAGGACUAAGAGAAUCUGUUGUGAUUCUGAAUCCUCUUCCCAGCCAGAAGAGGAUCAUCGCAAUGAUGGAGAAACAUAAGACACGUGGCAAACGUGCUCAAAAAAAAGAGACACAGGGCAGCACUUUGGAGUGGGAAUACAAGAUAUCUCUUGCGUCUGUACAUCCGUCCCUCGUUGCUGGCAUGGAAAAGUUGCCAGAAGAAGUAGCAUCUCUUGUGGACGAGCUUCCAUUGGAGAGGUUACGGCUGAAGCCAAGUGAAGGGGUUAAGACGAGGUUUGUGUACGAGGUUGUGCGUCUAUGUCAAGCUUUAAAAGAGCGAGUGCUUGUGUUCAGCCAGUUGCUUGAACCACUGGAGUUGAUCAUGCAACAGCUGAGAAAAGAGUUCAACUGGACUAAAGGCAAAGAGAUCAUGUAUAUGAGUGGAAAUGUCCCCCCUAAAACCCGCAAAGCCUUGAUGAUGGCCUUCAAUGAUGUGGAGAGCGAGGCCAAGGUGAUGCUUGCAUCGACCAAGGCGUGUGGAGAAGGUAUCACCCUCGUUGGAGCGUCGCGUGUGGUGCUCCUUGAUGUUGUGUGGAACCCUUCUGUCGGAAGGCAGGCGAUUGGACGUGCUUAUCGUAUUGGGCAGCAAAAGAUUGUCCAUACAUACAAUCUAAUCGCAGAAGGAACACAAGAGAAGGCCAAAUAUGACACACAAGCUAAGAAGGACCAAAUGUCCAAAUUACUGUUUUCAAGUGAGCCACAGCCUUCGGAGUGCAACCCGUCAUCAGAGUUUAUUUCCAAUGACAGGAUUUUGGAACAGAUGACUGAAGACGAAAAUUUGAAAGAGAUGUUUGUGAGUAUUCUCCCGUCGCAGUCGUGAUAGAACUUAUAGAUCUCUGCGUAGAAGAGCGGUGUACCUGUGGUGAAGCUAAUUGUGUGUCUGCAUCUGCAAGAGGAGAGGGAUGGAACGGCCUGUCUGUACAAAAAGUGCUAUCAACAUGUUGUAUUGUCUUACAUAGAUGCUCGAAGGAUGUUGUUUUGUUUUGUUUUCUCAAGGCAUGUGCCUGUUUUAUCUCCAAACCUACAACAGCAGAGGGGUGGAGUGUCAGAAUGUUUUUUGGGGGUGCAAAAUCUCAAUUCGUACAGAGAUUAAUGUCCCUUCCUAUAAGGGACGACCCCUGAUUCUCUGAAAUUGAACUAGUUGUA